AAAAGACACAAAAGGGGGAGGUUUCCAAAAAUAAAACCCUCCAUCCCCUCCAGACUCUGCCAGUGCCAGAGGCAGGCGAGAAGGUGCUUGGAGCUGUCUGCAGAGCGCGCAGGCUCUGACAGCCAGGGGAGAGGAGGGACUGGGAGUUCUCCUUUCAGGGGUAGGAGGGACGGCUGCAGCUGCUCUGUGCAGCCCACACUGUGGGGCUUGCUGUGUUACCUUCUCCCUGGGCUCUCCUGCUCCUGCAGACAGCAGGUACUGAUUAAGUGCCCUCCAUCGCAGGAGAUGGUGAAGUGAAGGACUUGGAAGGCUAUUUCAGGAGACUUGUUCAAGGAACUUUGCCUAGUCUGCUUCCCACAAACUCCCGUUGGACACUUCCCUUCAUGGGGCUGUCAGCAGCCACACGCUGAGUACGCUCUGCUCCCUUUGAGACUGGCCUUCCCUCACAGGCAAGCACCAUGAGGGGUUCUUGGGGCAAUUUUCUCCCUCUCGCUUUAGCUCUUUUCCUAGGACUUGGUGAUUCUCAGAGAGACUUUGCUGGAAGAUCUGAUCCGAGUUCUUUGUUCCAAACUGAAGCUGGAAGCAGGGACACAACUCGGCUAAGGCUGCGGAACCAGGGCAGUAACUUGGGACCCACAGGCAAGGUGUACAACCUGUUCCGGGCGCACAGCCCUUCUGCUUCGGAGCAUCUCCCAGCAGCCUCUCCUGUGGAUCACCCAGCCUGGAUGAGGAGCCCGACAGGAGGGGACAAGAGGGCACAUCCAUCUAUUCCUCCAGAUCACAAACUACUUGCUCCCCAGAGCGCCAGGGGCCAACCCAGUAAUCUGAGAGCAGCUGCAGACUCUCCAGAUGGGACCCUCCUUCAGACCCCUAAGCAGAGGCAGAGGACGGAUUCCACACGCCAGCGGCAAAGAAACGGGGUCAAAGCUCGGCCAGUGUACCGGGCAAAGAUGCAGAAUGCCGGAGGCCGACUCAUGGGGCCGAAUGUCUGCGGGGGACAGUGCUGCUCUGGGUGGACAACAGCUCCUGGCACAAACCGCUGCAUCAAACCUGUGUGCAACCCUCCAUGCCAGAACAAGGGAUCCUGCAGCCGACCCCAACUCUGCAUCUGCCGCUCGGGUUUCCAGGGAGUCCAAUGUGAAGAGAUCGUUCCUGAGCAAGCGUACCAUCCUCCUGGCUCUGCAGCAGCGCUCCAACCCCCAGCAAGCUCCCUUCCGAAGAGGGCUGGCAGUAUAGAGAGAGAAGGCUCACCCAGAGGGGCUGAGACACCUGUCCCACAGCAAUCACCGGCUGCGACUCAAGGCAGAAUUGGCUCCCCUGUCUCCUCCCAGCACACUGGGCCUUCCCGCACUGUCCGGCGCUAUCAAGCUGCUAAUACUCAGCUAAUGUCCAAUGCUCUGCCCAGUGGGAAUGGGCAUGAACAGAGCAGCUCUGGACCACACGCAGCCGAUCAAGAGAAUACGCUCUCUCUCUGGGGGGCCAACCUGACAGAGAAAAUCCGGAAGAUAAAAAUUGUCUUCACUCCCACGAUCUGCAAACAGACGUGCCAGAAUGGCCGCUGCUACAACAGCUGUGAGAAAGGGGACACCACCACCCUCUAUAGCCAGGGGGGGCAGAAUCAUGAUCCCAAGUCUGGCUUUCGCAUCUAUUUCUGCCAGAUCCCCUGCCUGAACGGAGGGCGCUGCGUAGGCAGGGAUGAGUGCUGGUGCCCAUCUAACUCCACAGGGAAGUUUUGCCACUUGCCAGUUCCAAAGCUGGAAAAAAAACAAGCGGGGAGAGUCCCAAAGACCCUGGCCAGCGGCUCCAUGAAGCAGUCCAUGUACACGCUGCCGCUGUCCAACCAGCUCGCUUCCUUAAAUCCUUCCCUGGUGAAUGUUCACAUCAAUCACCCGCCAGAGGCCACUGUGCAGAUCCACCAGGUGGCCAGGGUGAGGGGCGAAUCGGGCCAGUCAGAGGAGAACAGUGUGGAGACUGUACUUAUGUCUCAGCUACCCACUGGGCCACAGUACAGCCACAGCAAUGGGAACAGCAACAGCAUCACCACAGAGAAUGGCCAGCAGCAGCCGUCCUCUGAGCUUCUAGGAAAGUGUUUCCGGGAGAUGCUGCAUGGACAGUGUGCUAACCCGCUGGCAGGCCUUACCAGGCUUGAGGAUUGCUGUGGCAGCGUGGGGCUCUUCUGGGGCAUGAACCAGUGCAUCCCAUGCCCCCCCAGACCAGCUCAUCCACUGAUUGAAAACGGACAGGUGGCGUGUCCCCAGGGAUACAAGAGACUGAAUCGGAGCCAUUGUCAAGAUAUCAACGAGUGCCUAAUGCUUGGCCUGUGUAAAGAUGCCGAAUGUGUGAACACUCGUGGCAGCUUCCUCUGCACCUGCAAACCAGGCACCAUGCUGGACCCAUCCCGCAGUCGCUGUGUCUCGGCUAAGGCGGUGUCCAUGGAGCAGGGGCUAUGCUAUCGCUCAGCAGCAGGAGGUGUCUGUGGCCUUCCACUCACCCAGAGUAUCACCAAGCAGAUUUGCUGCUGCAGCCGUGUUGGCAAAGGAUGGGGGAAGAAUUGUGAGAAGUGCCCUGUGCUGGGGUCAGAAGCCUUUAAGGAGAUUUGUCCAGCGGGACAUGGCUACACAUACUCCAGCUCAGAUAUACGUCUAUCCAUGAGAAAGGCAGAGGCAGAAGAGCUUCCAUUCAGCUCAGAGGAGCAGGGGGAGAGAAGGGAACAUACGCACCCCUGGGCAGGAAAAAGGCUGCAACUGCAGGAAGCCCUAAGUGGUGGAGUCACAGGUCACUCUCCAGACAGCCAGGCCACUGCUGAGGCCACUCAGGAACCUGCCCUGUACCCAGGGGAUGUAGUAGCAGAGAGAUUCCCUCGCCCUCCCGCCCAGCCAGGCCUGGAAGCUGCAGGGGAGGACACUGCUGUGGCACACAUCCCAGAAAUCGAUAGAUGUGCCUCUGUCCCCAGUCCGUGUGGCCCAGGCACUUGUGUGAAUCUGCCCGGCAAAUACAGCUGCUUGUGUGGCCCUGGCUAUCGGCUGCAUCCUGGCCGCCCCCAAUGCAUUGAUGAUGAUGAGUGUGUGAGAGAUCCCUGCGCCGGGAAGGGUCGCUGCAUCAACAGUGUGGGCUCCUACUCCUGCCUCUGUUACCCGGGAUACACCCUGCUUGCCUCCCAAGAUGCACAGACCUGUCAGGAUAUUGAUGAGUGUGCUGACCCCAGCGUUUGCCCCAGAGGGAGAUGUGUCAAUACACUGGGUUACUACGAGUGUCUCAGUUGUGCUGCUGGUUACCAGCCAAUGAAUGGAAGAUGCAUUGAUGACGACGAGUGCCUCACCUUGGGAACCUGUGCUCACGGACUGUGCAUCAACCUGGCCGGCUCCUUCAGGUGCUCCUGCUACCAUGGCUAUGAGGUGACAGCAGAUGAGAAGAGCUGCCAAGAUAUUGACGAGUGUGCAACACGCAGCGCCUGCCCAAGGGGACUGUGCAUCAACACCGAGGGCUCCUUCUCCUGCAUGGCCUGUGGUGCUGGAUACGCUGUGUCCAGAGACGGCAGCAUGUGUGAAGAUAUUGAUGAGUGCAGUUCACCCACUGCCUGCCCCUUGGGAAUCUGCAUGAACACAGACGGCUCCUUUGCCUGCCGAGCCUGUGAUGCUGGCUACGUGCUCUCCUCCAGCAGGCUCACCUGUGAAGAUAUUGAUGAGUGUGAAGACCCCACUGCUAGCUGCCUUGGAGGAGAGUGCCAGAACACACAGGGCUCCUACAUGUGCCACUGCCGCCCUGGUUUUGAGCUGAUCAACGGCACUGUGUGUGAAGACAUGAACGAGUGCCUGGGCAGUGAGAUCUGCAGCCCCAAUGGCGAGUGUCUGAACAGCCAUGGGUCCUAUUUCUGUAUUUGUGCUCCUGGCUUCUCAAAUGCGGCUGGGGGAAUCAGCUGCCAAGACGUGGACGAAUGUGCAGACAAAUCCCGGUGUUUGCAAGGCCAGUGUUUCAAUACAGAGGGCUCCUACCGAUGUUUGUGUGAAAAUGGCUUCAGGUACUCGCAGGAGAUGGAUGACUGUGUAGAUGUGGAUGAGUGUGCAGAUUUCGGGAACACCGUGUGUGGCACAUGGAGGUGCCAGAACACCAUAGGAUCAUACCGCUGCAUUAUGGGCUGCCAACCUGGCUUCCACCGGACCCCGCUGGGUGACUGCAUUGACAUAGACGAAUGUGCCAAUGAGACGCUGUGCGGGAGCCACGCCUUCUGCGACAACACGGAUGGCUCCUUCCGCUGCCUCUGUGACAGUGGCUAUGAGAACUGGCUCCCAGGCCAGGACUGCGUGGAUGUGAACGAGUGUGAGCUGAUGCUAGCUGUGUGUGGAACUGCCCUCUGUGAGAACGUGGAGGGGUCAUUCCUGUGCUUGUGCCUAAGUGACAACGAGGAAUACGACACGGAGACAGGAGAAUGCCGGCCACGAGCUGGCAUGGGGGACUCGGAGCAGCCCAUAGCACCACGUCCCGCUGGCUCGGAGCGGAAGGAGUGUUACUAUCACAUCAGCGACAUCCAGUUGUGUGACAGUGUCCUGGCCAAAAACACCACCAAGGAGGAGUGCUGCUGCACUGAGGGGGCAGCUUGGGGGGACAACUGUGAGACCCACCCUUGCCCUAUCCUAGGCACAGGUAGGNNCAGCCAGAUCUGCCCCAGUGGCAGGGGUUAUAUCCCUGUGGAAGGGACUGUGCUCUUUGGACAGACGUCAUACACAGAUGCUGACGAGUGUGAGAUGUUUGGCCCUGAGAUCUGUCGGAAUGGGCAUUGUAUGAACAUAGUGCCAGGAUACAAGUGCUUUUGUCGCUCUGGCUAUGUCUUCGACUCCAGCCGGCUGGAGUGUGUGGAUCAAGAUGAGUGUGAGAACGAAAUGUCCUGCGUGAAUGGCGAGUGUCUGAACACAGAUGGCUCCUUCCACUGCUUCUGCAGCCUCCCCCUGGUGCUGGAUGUGACCCGCAAUCGCUGCAUCAAUGUCUCAAACAGGGCAGAAGACCUGGAUGAACAUGAAAUCCACCUGGACAUCUGUUGGCAGAGAGUCUCCAACUACAUCUGUAACCAGCCACUGCGGGGGCGACAGACCACGUACACCGAGUGCUGCUGCCGCUAUGGCGAGGCCUGGAGCCAGGACUGUGCACUCUGCCCCCUCCGGGACUCUGAGGACUUUGCUCACCUGUGUAACGUGGGCAGGGGAGAGACUGAGAGGGAGGCUGGACUUCAAGAAAGGCCUGGAUACGAGUAUGGACCAGGCCUAGAAGACCCUCAUUAUGGACUGUAUAGCCCAGACCUAGGGACCUAUUACAAUUUCCUGAGUCCUGAAUAUGGAGCCCCCGAUGUCAGCUUCCCCCAGAGAGAACCAAGCAGCGAAGCUGGUGGCAGCACAUUCCUACGCACUCCUCCUCAACUCCAUCCAGCACAGUCCCAGCCCCGCUACCUGCCCAGCCAAACUGGGCAUUUCGACAGCUUUGAGGGACUCCAGGCAGAGGAGUGUGGCAUUCUGAAUGGCUGUGAGAACGGGCGCUGUGUGCGUGUGCGCGAGGGCUACACCUGCGACUGCUUUGACGGCUUCCAACUGGACAUGGCCCACAUGGCGUGUGUAGACAUCAAUGAAUGUGAGGAGGUGAGCAGCCCUGGGCCCCUGUGUGAGGGCGGCACCUGUGAAAAUACAGAGGGGUCCUACCGCUGCAGCUGCUCACCUGGCUUUGUAGUGCUGGCUGAGCCCCACCGCUGUGCUCCUGCACCCACCCAGAGCCGGGCAGCAGCACAGCUUUAGGGAACCGACGGGGCAAGCGUGGCCCCCUUCAAACAUUCUGCUGGUACCUGGGAUCCAUUGGCUGCAGCAAGGUCUCCUGGGAUUGCAGCAACUUUGAGGCACUUUGCUCAUCUCCCAAAGCACACAAUCUUCUUGCCACACCUUGCCCAGCUGAGCCCAUAGGGACACAGUCUAGGGCAGAGCUCCAUCUUCCUUCUGGUCUGCUCACCACCAGCCUCCUGCUUGUGUCACAACAUGGGUACUCCCCACUUCCUCCACCAGGCCUUCCUCUUCCCCUCACUGCACAGACCUGUCAGGCUCACCAUUACUGAUAUGGCUAAGCAGGCCUGAAAAUAAGGAACUCUAGUAGCUGAAGCUGCAGAAGGGCAGCAGCUGCCCCCUCCCGCGCCCCCAUCUCCUCAGUAAUGGGUGUAAAUAGCUGAGAAUGGUGUGGAAGACUUAGCCCCUUUCCCCCAGUACCUGAUGGAAGGGUUGAUAAUUUGUCAUGGUGUCCUACUUGAGGGCCCAUGGGACAUUUCUUCACCCUGCUGCCACCCCUAGGCCAGAGCCUUCAUAGUUGCUGAUGCUACCCCUCACUGCUUUAACUGGUGUUUUUGUUCUGCCCCAAGGACAACCUGGUGCAUGAACCCUAGGCCUGGGAGUUUGAGUGUGAGGAGGGCCAGCCUCAGCUUUGUACAGCUGCUGCCUGACUUCUGGAGGUGGCUUGGAUGUGGAACCCAGUAGGUUUGAAAGGCCUAGGGACCCUGUUCUCCCUGCAUCUAUCCGGGGCACAAGAUUUUCACCCCUGCACUUUGUACAAUUGCCUAGCAGUAGGAUGGGGUUCUAGCUUUGUAAAACUGUUGGUGGCUUUUCCCAAUGGAGUCUGCUAGAAACAUCUGUUAUUGUUAAAUAAAAAUUUUAUUUUGGGCCCUGUGGCUCAGACAUUGGGGUUAGCCUAACAGUUCAGUCCCUGUUUUCUAGUAGUUGUUGCCCAUACUCUCUCUCUAGGGGGAGGUAGCCCUUUUAAAUAUCCUGAAAGGAUAUUUUAAUACUAGCUGGUGUGUAGCCUUAACUCCUGCUGCUUUUCCUUUCACAUAACCAAGGAGAAAUAAUAUUGCCAGAGCCUACUGGCAGGCGGGACCCAAGCUGCUCCCUCACAGCAGCUUGUUGCGGCACUGGGUGCAUCUUCAGCAUGAGAGCUCAGCUACAGUGGCUCCCCAUCACACAACGCAAAGCAGCAAUUUGAGUCUUUAUUAAAAGGCAAGUUAUAAAAAGAGGUUAGGGUUUGAAGAGCUCCCCAUAUGAGCGAGGAGACAGUGCAAAUCACGCGUUAGUAAGAAUCAUCCCUGUGGCAAUGCUGCGGGCAGUUGGGAGAGGAAGCAUUCUCCCAGCUGCAGAGUUGCUAGCCACCACUAAGCCGCCUUUGGCUAUGGGUAGAGAUGCUGGGCACAGGAACACUGAUCAUGACGGAGCAGGAGAAAAGCAGACAGGGGGAUGCAGCAGCACUGCAUCAUGACAGGCACUGAAGAGUUAACAGGCAGCUGCUGACAUCAGCUCCAUUGCAUUGCAGAACAAGAUCCCUGUAUGAUUAAAGUAGCCAAAGACUUCCAGAGCUCCAGCAAUGUGGGAUGCUCUGCUGUUUAGCCACUGCCACCAAUGGCUGCCAUACUUUGCUUCCCCUCAAACGGAGAUGGUGCAGCUGCUGCACCUCCCUUCUGGCACAGCACAAUACCAGCUGCUUGGAAGCUGCAGAAUUUUGAAGCAGAUGCCAGGAAAUGCCCAUUAUUUAAGAAGAGUCUGACCCAUUUUUUCCCCUCCUACAC